AUCCCACGUGACAGCCGGUGAGAAGAAGCUGUCAUGGCGUCUCCCAGUGGAAAAGGAACCCGGACCUGGCAUGAGCUAGCUGUCAGCGGGGGCAACGGGAGCCCCCGGCGGGGCACCGAGCUAGUGGAUUCGGUAGAUGACGCCGAGGGGCUGUAUGUGGCCGUGGAGCGGUGCCCGCUGUGUAACACAACCCGCCGCAGGCUGACCUGCGCCAAGUGCGUCCAGAGCGGGGACUUUGUCUUCUUUGACGGGCGGGACACUGAAAGGUUUGCAGACAAGAAGGAAAGAUUAAUCCACCUGAGGGAGACACAGAUGGACUUCCAGAAACAAGUUGCAAAAGCUAUAGAAGGAAAGUUGAUUGCUGAUGAGCUGAAAUGGAAGAUAAUGUCUUGUAAAAUGAGGAUUGAGCAACUGAAGCAAAGCAUAUGGAAUGGAAAGGAGGAGAUUACAAAGAAUUCAGAGCUGCUUCUUAAGUUCAAAGAAGAAAACCAAAAGCUUUAUCGGAGAGCUCAGUGGCAUCAGGAGAAAAAGGAGAAAAUUCAGAGACGGACCUGCAAACUCAGCGAUGUGGUGGAGAAAAGGAAAAGUGUGCUGACGAGUAGACACGGGGAGCUGGCCACUCUACGGAGAUCGCACAUUCUGGAGCUAACAUCAGUUAUCUUCCCCAUUGGAGAGGUCAAAAAUGUCACCAGAGAUCCUGCAGAUGGUGUAUCCGACAUGGAUAACGCAAUGACCUCUAGCACUGUGAGCAAACUGGCCGAGGCCAGGAGAACCACAUACCUGUCAGGACGAUGGGUCUGUGAUGACCACAACGGAGACACCAGCAUUAGUAUUGCUGGUCCGUGGAUCACUCUGCCCAAUAACGGUGACUACUCUGCUUAUUACAACUGGGUAGAAGAAAAGAAAACAACGCAAGGACCUGAUAUGGAGCACAAUAAUCCUGCUUAUACAAUAAGUGCUGCAUUAUGCUAUGCAACUCAGCUUGUCAACACGUUGUCGCAUAUAUUAAACGUGAACCUUCCAAGAAAACUUCAUACUAGCGAGUUUUGUGGCGAGAAUCCAAACAGGUGGAAGUUUAACCGCUCUGUGAAUAAACUGAACUCCAACAUCCUCUAUCUCUGUUUUUCUCAGCACGUGGAUUUGGAUCUCCUCCAUCCCCUGCAUACACUCAGGAAUCUGAUGUAUUUGGUUAGUGCGGACAGUACAAACCUGGGCAGGUCCGGUCCAUUCGAAGUCAGUGCAGAGCUGGAAGAUUCCAUGGAGUUUGUAGAUCCCAGUGGACCUGGUGAGACAGAUGAAAGCGGAGAUGAGCAUAUAAGCGACGAAGAGACUGAUUUAGGGACCGACUGGGAGAAUCUGCCAAGUCCUAAGUUUUGUGAUAUUCCUUCCCAACCUGUGGAACUGAUGGAGAGCGAGAGCACACUCUUGUCUCAGCCCAUUGCAAACAGUAGCGCCGGGGGCAUGAUCUCCUCCGCUGCAGCUUCUGUCACCUCCUGGUUUAAGGCAUACACUGGGCAUCGUUAAUACUUACUACUGAUAUACCAUUUUAUGCAUACUAAGCUAUAAAUGUUCUCUGAGUUAAAGAAUAAAUCUUUAUAUACAAAAUAGGCAUGGGAAGGUGGUUACUGCUGCCUUUUAAUGUAUUUCAGAAGCAUCACACAGUAAUUCCUCAAACUGUACGUGAGCAAUAUUGGUAUUUCACCACACCGUCUAGGGCGAGGAGAGCCGCCUUCUACAGAUAAUAGGACUGAAGCUGUAACCUGGACAUUGUAAUCUAAUUUGAGAGCCCUGCCAUCUUCCCAGGAUUAAAUAGCAAGUUGGCUACUAAGUUAAUUGUGGUUGUUAGAGCCCCCCAUACUACAGUGAUUUCUGCACGUGCACACUGGUAUUUGUUUUAAAGACGGGACCUGUUAAGAGGAGAUACUGUAGCGGUUUUAUGAAGACAGUGCAAUUGCUGUUCACCUUACCAUCUUACUUAAGCACUAGCAGCCAAGUCACAAAAGCAAGCUUCCUGAGCUUAAGUCUUUGCAUUAUCAGACAAGUGAAGGGUUAAUACGACUGAGCAGUCUUUACGGCACUUUUAAUACACUGCUGCUUGCGACUGCAUGCCAUUGAAGCUAGCGAGCUGCAGGUAACACCAUCCAUUAAACCUGCCUCAAAAAAAAACAGAUCCGUAAACUGUUAAUUUCGAGGCAAUGCCCACCUUAUUUUGUUUUAAAUCUAUUCAUUUCAAUAUUUGUCUGUUAAUAAACAGUUUGCAUUUUUAACGAA